AUGGCGACUGUAACAUCAACGAAUUUUUUAAAAAAUGAACUAUCAUCAACUGACAUUCAUCAUUAUUAUCCUACGACUUCAUUAAAUCCAGAACAUUUUAUUGAUGAACGAUAUCCGAAAACAUAUUUUGACAGAAUACCAUCAGUAACAGUUAAAUAUCCACCAACAAAACUUAAUAAUCAAACAUCACGUUCUCGUCAGAGUCUUCGUUUUCGAACUCAACCUGUUACAUUAACAGAAAUUUAUGAAGCAGAUGAAGAGAAUAAUAUUGAAAAUGAUAAUCAACAAGAUUCAAAAACAAAAGUAUUUCAUAAUAGUUACAAUCGAUUGGGACAUUUUACUUUAAUGGAAAAUAUACGACAUACAGAAAGAAAAAAAAUGCCAUUAAAAAAUUUUCUUAAACAACAACGACUCAAAACAACACAAGAAGAACUUUGUGAAAUAGAUGAUUGUUGA